GUAACCCGGAAGUAGAGCAGGCAGCCUAUGACCUCUGCUCUGCUGUGUACGUAACGUCACAGACUGAGGGGAAGAUGACUGAACAGAGAUGCGAUUGUUCCGCUACACCUUCGACACCAGAGAGUUCUCUGCUUCCUUCAGCGAGUUAACCCCGAUCAGAGCCUCAGUCUGACCCGGACUGAGUCCAGGAGGUCUCCUCGGACAGACCGGAGCGGCGGUUACUCCAUGGAUUCCCCCGCUGAGAGGAGUGAUGCUCUAACGGCUGUCUGACUCACAUAUCUCCGUGUAGCGUCGGUUCCCCUGACAGACACAGUUCAUCCGUGUCUGUGUGCUUCAUGACAGUCGGUGUGUUUACCGAGGAGCAGAUACAAGCAGUGAAACAACCGGUUACCGUUUUUAUAUGAGCUGAGUGUGAGCUGAGACAGCCACGUCAGCUAACCUGACACCGACACAGGAUCCACUCUACACCGUUAUUCUGCAACAACUUGGAGCUCAGAGAUCUUCAGGCAGAAAUCCUCAGAUAUCAUGGCUCCGAUGGGGAUCCGACUCUCCCCCCUCGGUGUGGCGGUGUUCUGCCUCCUCGGGAUCGGGGUCAUCUACCACCUGUACUCCGGGGUCAUCUCCAGCCGCCUCGCUGCCUUCAGAGCUGACUCCUCUCUCAUUUUCAGCGGUCAAAAGAAACCCGUGGACAUGAGGGAGCUGCUGGCUGUCUCAGUGGAAGCUGCAGUGUUAGGUGGCAAAGAGGUAAAGGCUGUCCGUGAAGAAAACGGCCUGCAGGAGAAGUCAAAGGGCAAGACGAGGGAGGGAGUGAGCGAGCCUCUGACGAACGGAGACCUGCAGUCACACCGAAAAAUGUUCAACCUCAUCAAAAACACAUUCCCUGAAAUCACGGUGAACAGCGAGGAGCACGACAACGUGGUGGAUAAAGUCACCUGGAGCCGCGAAAUCCCGGCGGACAUAUUGGAAAAGAUUGAGGGCGGUAAAGAGGUUCCUCCUGAGAGCGUCACGGUGUGGAUCGACCCUCUGGAUGCUACACAGGAAUACACAGAGAAUCUGGUGAAGUACGUGACCACAAUGGUGUGCGUUGCUGUGGAUGGCAAACCAGUCAUUGGGGUGAUACAUCAGCCGUUCACUGGGUUCACAGCCUGGGGGUUUGUAGGUCAGGGGUCAAACAUGCGGGCCCGGCCUUCCUACAGUAUCAGCCCUCCAAAGGUGAUCGUGUCACGUUCACACUCUGGAAAAGUGAAAAGUUUUAUCCAGGAUGCUUUUGGAAACAGCACAACAGUGAUAGCAGCAGGUGGAGCAGGUUAUAAGGUCCUGGCCCUCCUGGAGAUGCCUGCAGGUGAAACGGCUACAGACCAGGCAGACGUUUACAUCCACAUCACCUUCAUAAAGAAAUGGGACAUCUGUGCUGGUGCAGCACUACUGCAAGCACUGGGAGGCCAAAUGACAACCCUGAAGGGAGAAGUCAUCGACUACGCUGAAACACCGCUGAACAAAGGAGGACUGGUGGCCACUGUCGGUGUGGACCAUAAGGCCGUACUGGAGAAAUUACCGAACUGGGACCCAGACAAGCACUGAGACACUUUAACACAGAGCCAUUGGACGAUGGGUCGGGUUGUGGUUCAGGCAACAUGUGGCAGACCUGUGGGGUCUGCGUGAAUUCAUCAUCCAGGGACAACGAACAGCUGCACUGCAGAUGGACCUGAGUCACUGUCCCUGUCAGGGGCCACAGAGCAGGACAACAUGGCUCUGAACACACACUCUCUCAGACAUGCACACACUCUUUGAGCUAGGAGGAAUGGUAUAUUAUGCGUAUACACACAAACACACGCUCUCUUUGAUUACUGAGGAACUACUACCAGAGCCCCGUCAUCUCUAGACGACAGGAUGAACCCACUGUGAAAAUUAACCUGAGGAGCACAAAGCUAACCACACGACUCAAUCCUGAAGAGACUGACAUGACUGACUUCAUCCUCAGUCCCCACUUCAUCACAUGUUCUUCCAAUGAAAACACAAGAACGAGGUACGACAUGUAUAUCAGAGAGCCAGGGUAUCAUCAUCAUCAUCAUCAGAGUCCAUGAGACGACCACCUGUCAUCAGUGAGACCGAAGACUCCCACCGCAGGAAACUAUGACUCUCAUGGACCUGGACUAUUGUCACAUCGGGCAACAAACCCAUUUUAGUUUAACCCAUCACCAAUAACACACCACAGCUCACUCCACAGCUCUUUUAACAUGAUCGGAUGUGUCCAAGCUUUCAUCUCAGGUGGCUUCGAGUUUCAUGUCGUUUUUAUGAAAAGAAUAAAAUAAAUGUUUGACCUUGUUUAGGUCCCAUUUCAACAUUUUUACCUGAAGAUGCUCACACUCAGUGAGCCAGGCGAUGUGCUCAGACCUGAACCUGAAGGUUAUUAGAGGAAAGACGAACGGUAUCAAAAAGAUGAUCUUCUAAAAGAGUCCGAAUUCCACCAGAUCCAGGUCCGAUCCGUCUCCAGUCCGUCACGGCCAAGCAGCAACCUCCGGUCUCAAACUAUGAAGCCCAUGCAGAAGUGUUAUAAACUGCAGUUCAUGGAGAAUCCACUAGAGGCUGGCUGCAGAAACACCGGAAACCACAUAGACACCCAUUCAAAAAAGACGAUCUUUGCAGCAUUAAAAAACAUGUUUACAGUCUGGUUCAAAACUUGACUGGACUCCUGGUCGGGAACACAUAGCUGUUGGCUAGGAGGCUCAAACUCCGCCCCUUUACGUCACACUCUGCCUGGUUGAGUUCUGCAUUUCCAAUAUGGCUGCCGCCGUCGAUUUGCUUCAAAACAGCACUCAGGAACAGAUGGGUGACGUCACGGAUACUACGUCCAUAUUUUAUACAGUCUAUGGUCACGGCACCAUAGACUGGGUUUCUAUUCGAGUCAAUCUGUUAACUCCCACUGGAUCCGCCUGCUGGAUCAGAGAUGGAAGCCAUCUAUUGGUGCCGGAUGCCGGAGCAUGACGCAUCAAUCUGGACAGAGCAGAUGGAGCGGGACAGGAAGUCAGGCACCAAAACAAAAGGAAAACAUCCGGUUGACUUUCAGAAUAAAACACUUGUUAGAUCGUUUAACUUAACUAUGACAACAAAAUGUUAUUUUGAGCAGAGGCAGACCUGGACUCAUCAAGUCAGAGGUUUUCAGAGGACCAGAAAGACAACAUGUCACUGCUCCAUGCUGCGUUCUGAAAACACAACCAGUUGACGGAUGUGAGAGCACGGAGCCGGACUGUAGCGGAUCUGAGACGGACCAGACACGGAUCUGGUGGAAGUCCCGUGUUAGCCUGUACGAAAUUUGAUUCAGUAGAAAUCAACCAUGGGAUCUUAUAAAUUGAAAUACUUUCAUCCUGAUUUAAUCAAGAUGAAACGACUAAAGGGAAAAGUCUAUUUACAGAUUGUGUCAUCUUUCCCCUGAGACACACUUCGGCCUCUGAAGCCGACUCUCAGGUAUUCGUGUGGAUCUGAUGCCCGUACUCUCCAGUUAUCAGACGUCAUGCACAAUCAUACCACGCAAUUAAACUCCAAGGAGUGUCUUUUGAAGAAAAAAGCAAAGUCAUAGACAUCACAUGUGUGCCUGUGUGAUGAAAACUAUCCUUCUUUAUCUUCCUCAACGUGUAGAUAGAUGUAAAGAGUUCAGUCUCUCUUCACCCCGUCAGGAUGGUUUACAGGUUCUGUGGAAGCAGCGCCGUCUGACUUCUGCUGAGAGAACGACGAACGAAAAACAAGUCGCCAACUUGUUGUGGACAUGUCAACGGACUGUUUCAGUGUACAUGGACUUGCAUGAUUAAGACUUUUGAUUCAUCUUUGCUCCUCUAACAUGUUGCUGAAAACAUCACAGGCUCAGUCGACCUGUGUUUCUGCAGACUGCCGUCGGUGUGUCCGAUAGUUGUACAGUGUUUGACAACCGUUGAUGUGAAACCAUGCUUGAUGGUCAAAUGAAAAGAAUACCAGCAAAACGUGAGCUCUUGUUAAUGUCCUGAAGAUGAUACGGUUCCAGUUUGGAUGAUCUCAGCAGCUUUUUUGUAUAACUGAUAACCACGAUGUAAGAAAUGUGUCUGAUGGGACUCAAAGUAUCCGUCACGUGUCGGAGGUCAGACCUUCAUGUGCUCAUUUUUGGUUUUAUGAUCCGAGUGCCUUCGAUCUGCACGAGAAAACGUAGUCCUAGGAUGGAGGUGUGAACCACAGCACUCAGCACGGUUCCUUCCUGCUGAUGUCGCUGUGCUAUGCAAGGCCAGUGCUGAAUGAACUGGAUCAGUGACAUGGGCACUGCUCUUCUGUUAUAAGAGUGAGAGAUCAUGGGGAAGGGAAGAGUAACUUUAAACAUCAUUGUCUGUUUGGGGAGGUCUAAUGCAUGUGUGAUAAAGCUGUAUAAAGUAUUUUGUUUCUCAACAGUAA